CAAUGGGGUUUGGGGUUUGGGAUUCAAUUAAGUCUGCUUACCAGCUCCUGCGUCAUGGACAUGUUCGCCUCAAACUGCUGCGACGAGAAAGACAUGGUGGCUGAUUGUGUGUGAAUCUGGCCGAAUGUGUCGUGUGUUGCAAGUGGUUUUGGUUUGGGGUUGGAAAGAUGAUUCGAAGCUGAGCUGAAGCACAGGUCGACUGUAAAACACGGAUGGCAAAAGCCGUCUUGGUUGUCAAUGCUGGAUCGUUGGCUUUUGCCUUGGUUGUCAAGGCUGGAUCGUUGGCAGUGGGAUGUUCGCUUGCUUUCAUGCUUUCCACUCUGCCGGGACAGUUGCUCUUAUUUAUCUGCCUGCAAUCGAGACAGGCUCAUGUUCGUGCCCGACGGGAGCGGCGUCAGAAUGCAAGAUCAUCACAUCGUGGCGCCUAUCCGGAUGUCCGGUUCUGGUGCCGGCCAGGAGAGACGACCCCGUGGCCAAUCGGCUGGUCCAACAGGCCGACUUGGAGUUUGUCGUCGAGGUCGCGUGGACCCCGGCAGCAGUUGGGAGCCAGAUGGGCCCAGUGCCCAAGGUGUGCCCAAAUGUGGCAACCGAGGUCUGGUUUGGCGAGCGGUGACGUGUCUGGACCCGAGGCCGCCCGACGCUUGCUGGCACGCCUGCUAGUGCCCUGGACACUGGGGCUGCUGGCACGUCUGCUAGUGACCUGGACACUGGGGCUGCUGGCACGUCUGCUAGCGACCUGGACACUGGGGCUGGGGAUGAGGCGGUCAGCCCAUAGGCCGGGCAGGGGUGACUCGUUCUUGGAAGCGUUGAGCGGUCUGCGCGCGGCAGGACGCUAUUGGCCGCCUAGGCCGGAGACUUGGUGGACUUGGUUUCCAACCAGAUCUGUGACAAAAGUGGGCCAACCGACAUGAAUACCGCGCUUGCCUCAGCUCACAGUCGCAAAAUCAUCACAGCUACCUGCUAAGGAAGAUUCCUCUAAUCAGUUGCCA